AAGAGAUGCUGCUGCCGUGUGCUUAUCCUCAAGAAAAGUGUUAUUCAGCGAUAGUUAUGAACUCCCGUUUACGAGCCUUAGGUGGGAGGAUAAAUAACAUACGAGCAUCAGAACUACCAAAAGAGAAAACCCGGUCAGAGAUAAUCUGUAAUGUCCACUUCUUGGAUGGCUCAGUACAAAGCUUCAAAGUCAACAAACAAGACACUGGACAGAUUUUGUUGGAUAUGACCUAUAACCAGUUUGGUGUGACAGAGAAGGAAUAUUUUGGUUUACAGCAAAAUGAAACUUCAGUAGAUUCACCUUUUUUCAUUUCACAGCGAUGGCUUGAACCAAACAAACCUAUUAGAAAACAGUUAAAAGGAGGUUUUCCCUGCACCCUUCGUUUUCGUGUAAGGUUUUUUAUACCUGAUCCUAACACACUUCAGCAAGAACAAACCAGGCACUUAUUCUUCCUGCAGUUGAAGACUGAUAUUGUGGAAGGAAGGUUGUCAUGCCCCAUUAGUUCUGCUGUUGUCCUGGCAUCAUAUGCAGUACAAUCACAACUUGGAGAUUAUAAUGCUUCAGUACAUCCUUCAGGAUAUCUGUCAAAUUACAACUUUAUACCAGAGCAGAACAAAGAUUUUCUUACCAAAGUAGAAUCCCUACAUGAGCAACACAGUGGCCUCAAGCAAUCUGAAGCAGAGUCCUGCUACAUAAAUAUAGCACGAACACUUGAAUUCUAUGGAGUGGAAUUGCACAGUGGUAGAGAUCUUCAUAAUCUAGAUCUCAUGAUUGGGAUUGCAUCCGGUGGAAUUGCUGUAUAUAGAAAACUCAUCUGCACAAGCUUCUAUCCCUGGGUGAACAUAUUAAAAAUUUCCUUUAAAAGGAAAAAGUUUUUUAUACAACAACGGCAAAAACAUAAUGAAUCCAGAGAGCAUAUUGUUGCCUUCAACAUGUUAAAUUACAGAGCAUGCAAAAAUCUAUGGAAAUCUUGUGUAGAGCAUCACACAUUUUUUCAGGCAAAGAAGUCACUACCUCAUGAAAAAAAGAUACUGUCACAUUAUUGGACCCUGGGUUCUAGAAAUCCAGCAAAGUCUGUAAACAGCCAGCACUGCAGAAAAGUUAUAGGUGGGAUGGUUUGGAACCCAUCUAUGAGACGAUCUUUAUCUGUUGAGCAUCUAGAGACCAAAAGCCUUCCUUCUCGAUCACCUCCUGUUACCCCUAAUUGGCGGAGUCCUAGACUACGUCAUGAAAUUCGUAAACCACGACACUCAUCUGUAGAUAACCUUACAAAUGAGAUUAGUUAUAUUACUGAAACGGAGGAUGUUUUUUAUACAUAUAAGGGCUCUCCAACAUCAAAGGACAGUGAUUCAGAGUUCUCUCAGAACCGUAGUCCACAGAGGAGGUCAUCCGAACAAGAAUCACCAAAGAAUGUACUGGGAAACAGUCCGACUCGGAGUUCUCUGACCCGUAUCUCACCUAAAGCCUUGACUCAGUCUCCCAAUGGAGUUGGUAACAUUUCUGGCUCUUACCCUUUAGAAGGGGUGGAUAAACACUUCUUAGAAACAUACGACAAUGUUACAAAAAGUAGCUCAACAGAAGAUUCCAGUCAGUACUACUGUGAUAAGAAUGACUUAAUUGAGGGAGAUUUACUUCUGGUGCGUAUCAUACCAGAUGAAGACGGGAAGUUUGGAUUUAAUCUAAAGGGUGGUGUAGAUCAAAAAAUGCCAUUAGUGGUGUCAAGAAUAACUCCAGGAUCACCUGCUGAUAAAUGCAUUCCAAAACUGAAUGAAGGUGAUCAGAUAGUAUUAAUUAAUGGCCGAGAUAUCUCAGAGCACACGCAUGAUCAGGUGGUCAUGUUCAUAAAAGCCAGCAGAGAAUCUCACACAAGAGAGCUUGCACUUUUGGUCAGGCGGAAAGUAGUUAAACAGUUUGUAGAGCUUAAAUCAGAAGACGAAGCUGAUUCCCACGAUCUCCCAGAAUCUCUUCUUCCUAUCUGUUCGAAAUAUGGUGGUGAUACACUGGAGGAGUCUAUGGAGCAGCUAAGAGGAGGGCUGGAAAGUGGGACUGUCCUUAUUCAAUUUGAGCAACUUUAUAGAAAGAAACCAGGGUUGGCUGUUACAUGUGCAAAGGUACCUCAGAAUAUGGACAAGAACAGAUACAAAGAUGUUCUACCUUAUGAUGCCACAAGGAUAAUAUUGCAAGGAGAUGAAGAUUACAUUAAUGCGAAUUAUGUGAAUAUGGAAAUUCCUUCUGUAGGCAUUGUGAACAGGUACAUUGCUACUCAGGGGCCUCUACCACACACAUGUGCACACUUCUGGCAAGUAGUCUGGGAUCACAAGUUGUCACUGAUCAUCAUGUUAACAACUCUCACUGAACGAGGACGGACCAAAUGUCAUCAGUAUUGGCCUGAUCCACCAGAUGUAAUGGAAUAUGGCAGCUUUCGUGUCAGAUGCCACUCUGAAGAUUGUACAAUUGCUUAUGUUGUUAGAGAAAUGGUCAUUACAAAUGUUGAGACAGAACAACAACACACCAUCACUCAUCUCCAGUACGUUGCUUGGCCUGAUCAUGGUGUUCCUGAUGACUCCAUGGACUUCUUGGAGUUUGUGACUUGUAUGAGGCCAAAGAGAGUAGAGAAUGAGCCAGUCCUUGUUCACUGCAGCGCUGGAAUUGGUCGCACUGGUGUAUUGGUCACUAUGGAAACAGCCAUGUGCUUAAUUGAAAGAAACCAACCUGUUUAUCCACUGGAUAUUGUACGAAAAAUGCGAGACCAGCGAGCUAUGAUGGUGCAAACAUCAAGUCAAUACAAAUUUGUUUGUGAAGCUAUUCUUCGUGUUUACAAAGAAGGAUUGGUUCGACCACUGGAUUCCAGUUAGCACAGCAGUGAAGGAUGAAUUCUUUUUUUCCCCUAAAAAGACUGCUCUUUAAGUAAAGCAAGGGCUUAUUUCUGAAAGCAACUAGAAUGGACUAGAAGCCCAUGAAAAGACAGAUGAGCACAUUUGAACUGUGGCACUUUAAAUUUCUCAAGAAGAUUGCUAAAUCAUGUACAGUAUAACAAAGUCAUGUAGAUAAAUAUAUGAGAGCGAUUGUGUGUAAUACACUUUAUUCAUGUAGACAACCAUAAACAAUCAUGGAAACCUUAGUACACAUCUUUUACUGCCUUAAAACACCCUUCACUUUGGAAGUUACAAAGGUCCUUGUGUUUCCUUUGAGAUAGCAAAAAGUAAACUCAUAGUUGAAAUGAUCCAGCUUAAAAAGGUAUUUAGUAUCUUUGUAUUGUAUGAAAGCUCAUUGAAGGUGAAUAUUUGUAACUUCCUUACUGGGAUGCUAAAUAUUCAUGGAAGUGUAACCUUCACUUCUAAAAGGCUGGCAGAAGAGCUUUAAAGGCUAAUGCAUAACUACUGUACAUUAACAACUGGAGAAAUUAAGUAUUCAGUUACCAUAAAUCUAUUAGUAAGUAUGCCAGCUGUUAUAAUAUGCUUGUUAGAAAUCACAUCUGCUCUAUGUGAUGCGCAAAAUAAUGCUGCAUUUAUGCAGAUGGUACAGUCUACAUCUUCUGUUGAUCAAUUUUCAUUUCAGCUUGUCCUUUUAAUAGUGACCUACUUACAGGUUCAGUUAUUGUACUCCUUCUGUUUCUGCUGUCCAUCUUAUACUUGUUUUUCACUGCUGUUUCUGUUGUGGACUGAAAACAUUUUAACUUAAAACGAGGUUUAAUUCUCUAUCACCUUUGUUUCCAUGUGUAUUUAUGAGUUCUCAGAUGUAAAUGUGGAUUAAUGUUGCACACAAUUACUAGACUUUUGACUUACUGUAUAUGCAAAGUAGUCUAAUCCAAUACUGGAAGAAAAAUUACUACUGAACCCCUCAAGUAUGUUGCUGCUAAUUCAAGGUGUGAAGCUUAAAAGGGCACAGGUGUUGCUAGUGUUCAGAUGGUGAUAAAAUGUUGACUUGCUGCCCUUCAGCAAAAACUGCUUCUAUCCAGUGAAACACAACUCCUUUUUGCCAGAGUUCUGCAGAUUUACUGUGUUUCUUGCUUUAUGGAAAUGCAGAUAAAUUCGCAUGAAGAUUUACAUGGAAAGAGAGAACGAAUUUGUACAUUGAUGAAUAAUUCACCCUAAGGUACACUGGUCUCCAUUUCAUUUCAAAUGGGAGAAUUGGACUUUCUGAACAAUAUAACCACAUUUGUAUGAUGUUAAUUUAUUUUGUGUGUGCUUUUUGACUACCCUGAGAUAGUUCUUCAUUUUUGAAUGGUGUUUUAAAAAAAUAUAUUCUAAGGGACUGUUUAAAACUGUUAUUUAAAAGAUUAGUCCUAAAUAAGGAAAAAUUUUUAUGGGGCAUAUUAGCCAGAUGUUUAUAUGUGUAUAAAAGAGGAAAAUAGGUAAUUUUCUUUUUAGAUAUAUAUAUAUACACACACAUAUUCAGAUAUAUUUUAGAAUUAUGGUUUGUAUUAUGGAUAUUAUCAUUUAUAUCUGGAGUUUCAUUAUAGAAACUGCCACAGCUGUACAAUAUGCAUCUCUCAUGUUACCAGAAGGUUAUAUUUUUUUCCCCAGGAGAUAGCUGAAAAAUGAAUGUAGGAUGUGCUAAAUGGCUGACCUUUAUCAUCUUCAGGCUUGGUCCUUUCUUCAAGAUUAUAUUAUUAGCUAUAGGUAAAGACGAUACGUGGUUACUGCUUAUUGAUCAAAAGAGUUUUAAUUGGAACAUGCAGGGUAACUGGCAACAUGGAAAGCUUCUUGGCUUUGUUAUGUUGAAGGGUGAAUAGGUUGGUGCUCAUUCUUAAAUACUACAUUCCAGAUUUUACUUUCACCAAGUUUUUGUAAUGUUUUGAAUCAUUAUCCUCUUGCUUGAUUGGGCACAGACUGGAAGGCAAGAGACCAUAGCUCUCGUUCGCUCCUCACUUGCUAAACUACAUGAGGUCACCCAAUCUGUCUGUGAUUCCAAAUGUAAAAUGAUACCGGACAUGCACAUGUUGCUCAGGAAGCUUUUUAGAAAAAUGUGUGUGGAAAAGUGUUGGACAAUUGCAGGCUGCCUGCUGCUGUUAGGGAUAAUAUUGAGCAAUGAGAAAACCUAGUGGCUCUCUUCUCACUUGAGGAGUACUGGGCUCAAAGGAAUCUGUAUCUGCUGGGUGGUUAACAAAAGCCUUCCUUUUGUUUGUGUGUGCCUUUCUGUUAAGAUAUUUCUUUUUUUGGUUUAGGGUUUUGGUUUUUUUUGUCAUCCCUUGCAGUUGGCAUGACAUGCAAUUAAUGGUUUAUCAAGAAGUGAAAAAGGCAAGAAGUUAAAAAGCAAGAAAAUAAAUAGCAAGAAAAUAUUUAGAGCAUCUCUGUGGCAUCUAUUUCUUUCAUGGAAAUACUUGAUUAAACUUACAGUUUGUGUUUGUUAUUGCUAUAUUCCUAUUGCAAUUUAUGUUUCUUCAUGUUGAAUAUGUAUUUACUAAAACACUGUAAAUUUAUCCUUUAUAUAACUUCAGUCUCAAGAUACAUGGUAGAGGCUUGACUUAUAUUAUUAUGUGUGUGUUUAAAGGAUGAUGGUCAUGUUGUGACAACAAAUGCUGCUCUUGUUCUGGUAAACUUAGAUGGUUCCAGUAAUACCAUUCAUGAACUCUUAUUUGGAUUUUAAUAAGUUGUUUGAAAUUGUUGGCCACUGAGAGACCAUUCAAAGCUAUAAAAAUAGUAAUUUCUGUAAUAUUUGAUUUAUUUUUUUGUAAAACCAUAGAGCAAAUAUUAACUACACAAGUAUCUUGUACAUUGUGUCCAUCUUUAUUUCAGUCUUGCUGGGUUUUGCACAUGUACCUGUAGGGUCCGCAGGGGAGAAUGAAGGGGGUUUUGUCUUCUCUCUGUAGUGUGUGAUGACUUUGCACUGAAUGAUGUAUGCCUCAGAUCUGAUCUUGCAAUGAAAGCAUAAUUAUGAAAACAUCUUCUUAUCUUCUUAAUGCUGUCUUUUGCUUCCACAAGAAUUAGGAAAUUAAAAAGACAGAGUUGACUGUUUGGGUUUUUUUUUUUUUUUGGUAGGAGUUAAAACUACUAACAAUUUUAAACUGUCAAGCAAUUGACAAAUAGCAGAAAAUGCUGUGAAGUCAAGAUUCUGUAAAACCUGCAUAAACAAUUUAACCUUGAUUUUGCCUGACCUUAUGUCAUCAUGAUGACAAGUAUUGAAAAUUCCUGUCAUGGCGGUGGAUGAAGAGAGAGUAAGAAACCUUUGAGGUUUUUCAUCACUGUGAAAUACGCUAACAUUCUUCAGAAUUAAAUUUUAGCUAAGUGGCUUUAUAUUUGAUAUAGAAGUAACAAUGCUUAUUCAGAGUGUUUUCAGAUAUAUCACAGGGGAACACUUCUGAGAUGGAGGAGGGAGGGACAGGUCUCACCGUGUAUUGAAAAUAAGAAAAAUGGUGCUGCAAACCAUGAAUGCCUUUCGUGUAACAGGAUGUAUGAAAUACGAAUCAUUAAAAUACAACCAAACCUUAAAUAGUGGUGGUGUUUUGGAACAAAAAAAUAAUUUUUUAAUCCAAGUUUUUGCUUUAAUAAUCCCAUUUUUCAGGUGUUGGUACUAAAUUAAAUGCAAUCAAAAUGUACCUAUGAAUUCAGCAAUAGCUCUUCAUAUACACUAAUUUUUAUGAGUUGAUUCUCUCUUUUUUUCCUCCUUUUUUCUACUAUGCAGUAAUUGGUUAAAAUUAUAUAUAUAUUUCAAAAGAACUGUAAUUCUGAAAUAUCUAAUGAACUAUGCAUUUACUUUAUUACAAGCAUAAUAUGAUACUGUUUUACAACAAAAGUUCUUCCCUGUAGAUAGUGUUCUUAUGUGUCAAACUAAAUGCAUAAAUGGUCCACUGGUAGAAAAUGUUGAAAGUAGACAUGCAUGGUUCACAUUCAGUGAAUUAAAAUUUAAGCAUAGUUUUUUCACUGAUAAUGGUUUUAUUGGUAUAGUCUGAAAUUUAGCAUUUAAGUGCAAUUUUAUUUCACUCAUUCAUGCAAAGAAAGAACGUGCAGUGGGAAAUGUUUGUAUUUCAGUUGGUAACCUGCAAUUAGUCUACUUGGUUGAAAGUGUUUAUUAAUUGAAACUAUAUAGAAGGUAAAAUUGUGUCAUGAAAUACUUUUUUCAAUGGCAGUUAAAAGCCAAGUGAAUGAUUCUUUCAUUAUAUAAAACAUGUUUUGAUUAAAAGGAUUCUCUUGCAUUUAAGUUCUGACACUGAUAGUGUUAAACCAUCUCAGAUGUCUGUCUGUUUUAACAAUAGUAUUAUGUUUAAAUAUAGCAAUCUAAGGCAAUAUGAUUUAGUUUUAGUGUACUUUAACAUAUUUAAUGUUCCAGUUGUUCAGUACCUGUACAGGCUUCAAACAAUAGUAUCCACAAUCAUUAAAACUUGU